GGAAUCACAAAUGUUGAUCCCACAAUUUUUAAAUAACCCAUCUGUCCUCAUCUCAGCGUUUUGAUAAGAUAAUUUCUCAUAUUUUUCGCAAAUAUUUCUCAAUUGUUUGCUAAAAAUUUGCAAUGACAGACUACGAUCCAUAUAAUGAUUUCUGGGGAGAUUUCCUUACAGGAGUCGUAGUGACCAUUAUAGCCACACGAAUAAGUGAUAAAACUAAGGAUGAGAAUGAUGGUUGCAAUAAUAAAAAGACUAAGAAAAAGAACUACCUUGAUAUUUUGGAUGACUUUAUAAUUUUUGGUUCGCUUCAUGCCAUGAAUAUUUAUUAUUUCUUCAAGUGGUGGAGAUAUGAAAAUAAAUUUACCAAAGCCUUUGGGGUCAUUAUAUUUAUCUAUUCAAUUUUCUUCUUAUUUUUUGCGAUUUUUUUUAAUGUUAAAGAUGUUAAAGAUGAGAAAAAAAGGGGGUUUAUGAGGGGACACAAAUGUCUUAUUUUAUUUAUCACAGCGCUUCUUUUCUUUGUUAAUCCAAGUUCUAUUAAACAAAUUGAAGUCCCUAAUGAAUUUAGCAUGAAUAAGAAUUUUCACAAAAAUUGCGAGGAAUUACCAGCGAACUUUAAGGGCACCGGCUUGAACGAACCAGCUUUAUGGACGAUACAAAACCGAACUUUAAGGUACUUCGGCUUGGACUCGGAUAUGCUGAUAUGGCAUCCGGUUCUUUUGGCAUUUAACUUUGGAUGUUGGUUUCUUGGACUUUUUCAGUUGGAUUACUCGACGUUGUGAUUUCGGUGUUCUUUUUGUAGGAUGGUACCUUGCUGUAGAUCGGCGGCUUAGAAUGAAUUGGU